AUGGGGUCCACCAUGAGUUCGGGUAAAGAGUGCUUUGGAUGGAGUAAGGGCCGACAAAGAGCAUCUUCCGAUGCAUGGGUUUUAUUUACGCACGGGAGUUUGCCUGUCAGCGCCACCCACGCGUCUCCAACACUCUGUAAUAUGCGCUCAUUGGUCAACACCCUGCUCUCCACCAACCCUUACACCCUGGCUUCCCCCUCCUCUCUUAAUUCCUUUCUUCUUCCACACCACACCUACUCCUACUACUCUAUACUAUUACCGCACCCUUCCCCUUCACAAUUCUCAUCCAUUAAUUCCUUUACCUCACCACUUGGAAAUAUUAACAGAAGUGAGGAGAGAGUAGUGGAGGAGGGAGAAGUCCGUGCAAGACUUGGAAUUGACCCGAAAGAAACGGGUGAAACGCAUGAGUCAGGCUUAUGGCAGGUGGGCCUGAAUUUUAAGACACUCAAUUAUACAUUGAAGGAUAGAAUCAGAAUGGAUCCAAUCACAGCACGUGGUCACUCCCUUCCCCCUCCUUUCCACACAAGAGAUCUCCAUCUGCACCACCAACCGCAACAGCACCAAUUCCAAACCUUAAACCAAGGCACUGAUGACGAGCACAGCGGAAGCAGCAGCGCGCAGAAAAGGGAACGCGAGGAGAACAACGGCAACAACAACGAUGAAGGUGCUGGCGAGGCUGAGAUAACAAGAAGACCUCGCGGAAGACCAGCCGGGUCCAAAAACAAACCGAAGCCACCCAUUAUCAUCACUCGCGACAGCGCAAACGCCAUGAGAACCCACAUGAUGGAGGUGGCAGACGGGUGCGACAUCGUGGAAAGCGUGUCUGAGUUCGCGAGGAAACGCCAGAGAGGGGUUUGCAUCAUGAGUGGCACUGGCACAGUCACCAACGUCACUCUCAGGCAACCGGCUUCUUCCGGUGCGGUUGUCACUCUCCAUGGAAGGUUCGAGAUUUUGUCCCUCAACGGAUCGUUCCUUCCACCGCCCGCCCCACCGGCUGCAUCCGGUUUGACCAUUUAUUUGGCCGGUGGCCAGGGACAGGUGGUGGGAGGGAGUGUGGUUGGGACACUCGUUGCUUCGGGGCCUGUGGUGAUCAUGGCUGCUUCGUUCAGCAACGCUGCUUAUGAGAGGCUUCCUUUGGAGGAUGAAGACCCUUCGCUGCAAAUGCAAGGAGGCUCAAUUGGGUCACCCGGUGCAAGUGGUGUUGGUCAGUCACAGCUUCUAGGAGGAGGGGAUGCAACUGCUCCACUUUUCCAUGGUUUGCCUCCUAACCUUCUCAAUUCUGUCCAAAUGCCAUCUGAACCAUUCUGGGCAUCCAAUCGCCCACCCUUCUAA